AUGCAUUGUACAAGAAGGAAGAGGCUGCAGCUGAGCCGGGUUGUGUUUCUCCUCUCUGGGGUUUUCCUCUGCACCCUCUACCAGCUGACCAUCAGUGCCAGACUGUACGAGCCUCCACCGAUGCCUCAGAUUGGAGACAACUUUGGAGAAGGUUCAACAGAGGGGGGUGAUGAGGCUACAUUGGAGACUCAGGCGCUGGAGGAACCUCCCACUGCAACUCAUGAAUUAGAGCCAACAGAUCAGACAACGACUGAGGUGCAUGUAGUGAAACAUCUGGAUACAACAAUGUCAGAUUUGAAAGCAUCCACCCCCACUGAAUAUCCAACACUGACAACCACAAACCGGACUUUUGUGCACUGCAUCUUCGUGGCCCCUGAGCCUCCACCAGAGACCCCCACACCAGCUCCAGCUCCUCCUUUAACCACCAUCACUCCAGCUUCUCCUGGUGAGGCUCCACAUAUUAAAGGAGAAUACCCUGAAGAUGUUUUUACUAUAGAAGACCGCAGACGAGGCUGGGUGGCCCUCCACAUAUUUGGGAUGAUUUACAUGUUUGUGUCACUUGCAAUUGUGUGUGAUGAGUUCUUUGUUCCUGCUCUGGGGGUAAUCACGGACAAGUUAGCCAUUUCUGACGAUGUGGCAGGAGCCACCUUCAUGGCGGCUGGAGGAUCUGCCCCCGAGCUUUUCACCUCCUUGAUAGGGGUCUUCAUCGCCCACAGCAACGUGGGCAUUGGCACGAUAGUUGGCUCAGCAGUUUUCAACAUUUUGUUCGUGAUUGGAAUGUGCGCUUUGUUGUCUCGGGAGGUGCUUCAUCUCACCUGGUGGCCACUCUUCAGAGAUGUGUCCUUCUACAUACUCGACCUGAUCUUACUCAUCAUCUUCUUCCUGGAUAAUGUCAUAAUGUGGUGGGAGAGCAUGAUGCUGGUGACCAGUUACUCUCUCUAUGUGAUCUUCAUGAAGUUUAAUGUGCAAUUAGAACAGGCCUUCAAGAGCCAACUCCACAAACACAAGAAUAUCGUCAAAAUCAUUGCUGUAGAGGAACCUGACAAGACAAAUGAAGACAAUGCUCCUCCUGCUCAACAGGACAAGAACCGGUUAAAGUUGAAGCCGUCCCUUCAGCGAGGGGGAAGUUCCGCUUCCUUACACAACAGCACCAUGAGAAACACCAUCUUCCAACUCAUGAUUCACACGUUAGACCCUCUAGGAGAGGGGAAAUUUAUGGAUAAGGCUGAGAUUCUGAAUAAUGUGGCUUGCCGGAAGGCAGAGAGCAAAACUCAAGACAAAAGUGAAGAUGGUGGAGGAAAAGCUGAGCAGACCAAGGAGCCAGAGGCUGUCGAGAAGAAGGAGCAGACGGAGGACAAGAAGGUAAGCUCCAACCAAAUCCUGGUGAUUAUCACAAAGCCCAGAAGUCAGUCAUUGAUGCCUGUAGCUGAGGAUGUGCCGGCAGGAGAUGAUGGGUCAGGGGGAUCAGAGGACUCUGACAGUGAUGAGAAUUGCAGCGAUGAAGACAGCGAUGAGUCCAGUGAAGAUGAGGAUGAUGAUGAAGAGGAAGAUGAGAACGAGGAUGAGCCUCUGUCUUUAGAGUGGCCUGACACACGACAUAAACAAGCCACCUACCUCUUCCUGCUGCCCAUAGUCUUCCCUCUGUGGCUCACAGUUCCUGAUGUUCGCAACCAGAAAUCCAGAAAAUUCUUUGUGAUCACCUUUCUGGGCUCCAUUCUGUGGAUCGCUAUCUUCUCCUACCUCAUGGUGUGGUGGGCCCAUCAGGUGGGUGAGACCAUCGGCAUCUCAGAGGAGAUCAUGGGCCUUACUAUCUUGGCUGCAGGGACGUCAAUCCCCGACCUUAUAACCAGUGUGAUUGUGGCACGUAAAGGCCUGGGGGACAUGGCCGUGUCCAGCUCUGUGGGCAGUAACAUCUUUGACAUCACUGUUGGGCUUCCAGUCCCGUGGCUCCUGUUCUCAUCCAUGCACGGUUUCGCCCCUGUGGCCGUCAGCAGCAAUGGGCUCUUCUGUGCCAUCGUGCUCCUCUUCCUCAUGCUGCUCUUUGUCAUCAUCUCCAUUGCUUCCUGUAAGUGGAAGAUGAAUAAGGUGCUGGGUUUCACCAUGUUCCUGCUCUACUUUAUCUUCCUGGUGCUCAGCGUGAUGCUGGAGGAUCGAAUCAUCAUCUGCCCUGUCUCCAUCUGA